CUACGUCGGGCGGAAGUAGAGGCGGCUGCGAGGAGCAGCAUGGCGGCCGACGAGCCGGGCGCGCUGGAGCUUUUCGUUAGCAUCGGUCUGAGCGAAAGCAAGGCUCGCGAGACCCUUCGGAACCAGGCGCUGAGCGCGCUGCUCCGCGAGGCCAUCGUGCAGGCUCAAGAAAUCCUUGGCUCAGCUGCUGAUAAGACAGUUGGCACCCUGUUAUACAAUGUGGCCUCCAGGCUUAAGGACCCAAAGCACCUUGGCUUCCUUGUGGAGUAUAUCGCGACCAAGAAGAUAGUUACAGACCUGCAGCUCAAUGCGGCUCUGGAGUACGUCAAAAGCCACCCUGUGGAGCCCAUUGACGCAGCAGACUUUGCUAGGGAAUGUGGCGUUGGUGUGAUCGUGACGCCAGAGCAGAUUGAAGAGGCGGUGGAAGCUUCCAUCAGCAAACACAGAGCCCAGCUCCUUUCGGAGCGUUAUCGCUUUAACAUGGGGCUUUUGAUGGGGGAGGCGCGGAGCAAGUUGAAGUGGGCUGAUGGGAAAAUCAUUAAGAACGAGGUGGACCUUCAGGUGCUCCACUUGUUGGGCCCAAAGACAGAAGCUGAUCUGGAAAAGAAAUCAAAGGCCCCGAAGGCCCGUGCCACCGAGCCAGACAAGAAGGGAAAGGGAGCAGUGGUGGAAAACGGUGAUGCAUGCCAAGAGACGAAAUCCCUUAUGGAGCAGCUGAGGGGCGAGGCGCUUAAAUUCCAUAAGCCAGGUGAGAACUACAAAACGGAAGGCUACGUUGUCACACCCAACACCAUGAACUUACUGAAGCAGCAUCUGGAGAUCACAGGCGGACAGGUGCGCACUCGGUUCCCUCCUGAGCCCAAUGGCAUCCUGCACAUUGGCCACGCCAAGGCUAUCAAUUUUAACUUCGGCUUUGCCAAGGCAAAUGGCGGGAUUUGCUUUUUGCGCUAUGACGACACAAAUCCUGAAAAGGAGGAGGAGAAGUACUUCACAGCCAUCAGGGACAUAGUGGAAUGGUUAGGUUACACCCCCUAUGCGGUGACGCACGCCUCCGAUUACUUUGACCAGCUGUACACCUGGGCGGUGGAUCUCAUCCGGAGGGGCCAUGCUUACGUUUGCCACCAGAAGGUGGAAGAAAUCAAGGGACAUAAUCCGCCUCCUUCUCCGUGGCGAGACCGGCCGGUCGAGGAAUCGCUCUUGCUUUUUGAGGACAUGCGCAAGGGGAAGUGCGAGGGCGAGGCCACCCUGCGCAUGAAGCUGGUGAUGGAAGAUGGGAAGAUGGACCCUGUCGCCUACCGCAUCAAAUACACCCCACAUCACCGCACCGGGGACAAGUGGUGCAUCUAUCCCACCUACGACUACACACACUGCCUCUGCGACUCCAUAGAGAACAUCACUCACUCGCUCUGUACCAAAGAGUUCCAGGCCAGACGCUCCUCCUAUUUCUGGCUGUGCAACGCCCUGGAUGUCUACUGCCCCGUGCAGUGGGAGUAUGGGCGCCUCAAUCUCCUCUACACGGUGGUCUCCAAACGCAAAAUCAUUCGCCUGGUAGAUUCAGGGGCUGUCAGGGACUGGGAUGACCCACGACUCUUUACGCUGACAGCUCUGCGGCGCCGGGGCUUCCCGGCAGAGGCAAUCAACAACUUCUGUGCCAGGGUGGGCGUGACAGUCGCCCAGUGCACAAUGGAGCCUCAUAUGCUGGAAGCCUGUGUGCGGGAGGUGCUGAACGAACAGGCGCCCCGGGUCAUGGCCGUGCUGGAACCACUGUGCGUGACCAUCGUCAAUUUUCCCGCACCGCACAAAAUCUUAGAAAUCGACGUACCCAAUUUCCCAGCUGACGAGACCAAAGGUUUUCACAAAGUCCCCUUCCAGCCAACCAUCUAUAUUGAGCAGAGUGACUUCCGGGAGGUGCCAGAGAAAGGUUACAAGCGCCUGGCGCCCGGCCAGCCAGUGGGUUUGAGGCACACGGGCUAUGUCAUUGCUAUCCAGAGCAUAAUUAAGGACACCAAUGGACGUGUGAAAGAGCUAGAGGUGACCUGUACAAAGUCGGAGGCAGCAGAGAAACCCAAAGCCUUUAUCCACUGGGUGUCAAAUCCUCUCGUGUGUGAGGUUCGACAGUAUGAGCGACUGUUCCUGCACAAGAACCCCGAAGACCCCGCAGAGGUGCCACAGGGCUUCCUGAGUGAUGUCAAUCCUAACUCGCUCUCUGUGAUUGAGGAGGCUCUGGUGGACAGGUCUGUGUGUGGGGCCAAGCCUUUUACCAAAUUCCAGUUUGAACGGCUUGGCUAUUUCUCAGUCGAUCCUGACAGCACAGGUGCAAAGCUUGUCUUCAACCGGACGGUGACUCUGAAGGAGGAUCCUGGGAAAGUGUGAUGAUGCUUCUGCAGGCGGUGUCUCACCUCGCCCCAAGUUGCUCAGGAGUCACGUUCUUCCCCUGUAUGGCAGGGAGUGAUGGUAGCAUGCAGCACCAGCACAGUUGCCUUAACAUGCAUCCUGGUUUCAGAUCCAUCACAUCAAUAAAAGGGAGCCUCUUUA